AUGUCUCGUAUGGAACUAUACUCACCUGAGGGUUUGCGUAUUGAUGGAAGAAGAUGGAAUGAGUUGCGCAGAUUCGAGUGCAGAAUUAAUACCCACCCGAAUUCCUCCGAUGGUUCAGCGUAUGUUGAACAAGGUAAUACAAAGGUUAUGUGUGUUGUUCAAGGACCCAAAGAGCCACCUUUGAGAUCUCAAUCAGAUCAGAAUAAAGCAACCAUCGAAAUCAACUUGAAUGUUGCCAGUUUUGCCACGAUCGAGAGAAAGAAAAGAAGUAAAAACGAGAAGAGAAUCGUUGAGUUGAAGACUACAUUGGAGAGAACCUUUGAGCAGAGCAUCUUGUCAAAUUUGUACCCACGAACAUUGAUUGAAGUGAACGUACAAAUCUUAGCUCUAGAUGGAGGACUUUUGGCUGCAGUUACAAACUCUAUCACCUUAGCACUUAUAGAUGCUGGAAUAGCCAUGUACGAUUACGUUUCCGCUGUGAAUGUGGGCUUACACGAUCAGACCCCAUUAUUGGAUCUCAAUACCUUGGAGGAAAACGAUAUGAGCUGUUUGACCAUCGGAGUGGUAGGCAAAAGUGAAAAACUUGCCAUGCUACUUUUGGAAGAUAAAAUGCCCUUGGACAGAUUGGAGUCAGUGCUUGGAAUUGCCAUAGCUGGAGGUCAUAGAAUACGAGACUUGAUGGACGAGGAAGUCAGAAGCCAUGGAAGCAUGAGACUGACGAAACUUGUGUCGUAG